AAUUUACGAUGCAUUUGAAGUUUAAACAAACAAGCCACCGAUAUAUAUAAUUCGAAAUGAUAAGUUGUUAAUUUACCUGCAAAGAAAGUCUAGUUGAUAUAUGGCUGCUGAGCUUAUCAUCGACCCCAAUAGUGGAUUCUGUAAAUCCAACUCUACUUUCUAUAGCAAACGGGGUCCAAUUUCAUUACCGGUUGAUGAAACCAUCAACCUCACCACCUUCAUCUCCUCCCAUCCCCACCACGGAACCACCGCACUCAUCGAUGCCGCCACCGGCCAACACCUCUCCUUCCCGGAGUUCUGGACCUCCGUCGAAGCCCUGGCCACCUCACUCUCCGUCGAUCUCGGCAUACGUAAGGGUCACGUCAUCCUCAUCCUCUCCCCAAACUCCAUCUACUUCCCUCUCAUCAGUCUCUCCAUUAUGUCACUAGGCGCUAUUAUCACAACUUGUAACCCACUCAACACCAAAUCCGAGAUUAAUAAACAGAUAUCCGAUUCGAAACCCGUUCUCGCUUUCACGACACCCGAACUCGUACCGAAACUCGAGGAUUCGAAUCUCCCUAUCGUAUUAAUCGGGGACCCUGAAUCACCACCUCCCACAAAAAUCAAAAUCAUUAGCACUCUAACCACAAUGAUGAAAACAAAACCUAGGCAAUCCCGAGUGGCCGAAAGAGUCACGCAGAGCGACACUGCGUCACUCUUGUACUCCUCGGGCACUACAGGAAAUAGCAAAGGAGUCGUAUCAUCUCACGGGAAUUAUAUAGGCGUAGUACAAACAAUAACAAGUUUAUUGAAAUUAGCUGAAGGCGAGCUAGAAUUAGGUAACAAAACGUUCAUCUGCACCGUGCCGAUGUUUCACAUAUACGGCGUCGCUUGGUUCGUCGCGACGCUGCUAGCCUGCGGCACAACCGCCGUGGUGCUGCCGAAAUUCGACAUGCAUGAAAUGUUGAAGGCGGUGGAGAAGUACAAGGUGACGCAUUUACCAUUAGUGCCGCCGAUUGUGGUGUCCAUUAUAAACAGUGCCGAUGAGAUAAAGAAGAAGUAUGAUUUGAGUAGCUUGACGGCGGUGUUGAGCGGAGGAGCGCCGCUGAGUCGGGAGGUGGUGGAGGGGUUCGUGGAGAAGUUUCCGGCGAUGAAAAUCUUGCAGGGGUAUGGGUUGACCGAGUCAGCGGGGAUAGGGUCUUCGACGUAUUCGUUGGAGGAGAGUCGGAGGUAUGGGUCGGCGGGGUUGUUGGCGUCGAGCAUGGAGGCGAAGAUUGUUGAUCCCGAGACCGGAGAGUGUUUGCCGGUGAAUCGGCAGGGGGAGCUUUGGCUCAAAGGCCCCACCAUUAUGAAAGGUUAUUUCAGUAAUGCAGAAGCAACUGCAAAUACUCUCGAUUCACAAGGUUGGUUAAAAACCGGAGACCUUUGCUACAUUGACGAAGAUGGUUUCAUUUUUGUGGUUGAUAGGUUGAAAGAGCUCAUCAAGUACAAAGGCUAUCAGGUUGCUCCAGCGGAGUUAGAGGCUCUGUUAUUAGCACACCCAGAAAUCGCUGAUGCUGCUGUUAUUCCAUUCCCGGACAGGGAUGCUGGGCAGUUCCCAAUGGCGUAUAUUGUACGAAAAGCUGGAAGUCAUAUAUCAGAGAGUGGAGUCAUGAAUUUCAUUGCUCAUCAGGUUGCUCCAUAUAAGAAGAUAAGAAAGGUGGCAUUUGUGACAUCCGUUCCAAAAACUCCUUCAGGCAAGAUUCUGAGGAAGGACUUGAUAAAGCUGGCUACUUCCAAACUCUGAAUAGAAUUAUUGAAUCCCCAGACUCUUUUUCUCCACUCAGAUUGUAUUUUUACCUGGAGAACCGAGGUCCACAAUUUCUAUUAAGUAGUGUUGAUGUAUAUCAAAUAAAACGGGCUCAAGUUUGUGUUAGUUUAACGAGUCCAUUUGAUCUGGGAUGUAUUAAUGUUUUGUACAUUGAUUAUUAUCAUCUGUGGCAAAAUCUUGGCUUACUAAGGUAAA